GUGGCCCCGAGGGCCUUCGAGGGAGCCGAAAUGGACCACCACGACCUGGGCGUGUCUGGCGAGAUCGAGAAGAUGCCGUGCGAGGCCGCAGCGGACAUGGAGUCGGAGCCGGCGGGGGCGGCGCGUGCGGCCAAGCGUGUGCCGCCGUGGCGCGAGCAGGUCAUGGUCCGCGGCAUGGUGGCGGCGCUGCUGAUCGGCGUGGUGUACACCGUGAUCGUCAUGAAGCUCAGCCUCACCACGGGGCUCGUCCCCACGCUCAACGUCUCCGCCGCGCUGCUCGCCUUCCUCGCGCUCCGUGGAUGGACGCACGCGCUCCACCGCCUCGGCAUUGCGUCCCGCCCCUUCACCCACCAGGAGAACACCGUCGUCCACACUUGCGUCGUCGCCUGCUACACCAUCGGCUUCGGUGGUGGGUUCGGGUCCUUCUUGCUGGGGCUGGACAAGAAGACGUAUGACCUGUCUGGGGUGAACACGUCGGGCAACGUGCUGAGGAGCUACAAGGAGCCCGGCAUCAGCUGGAUGAUGGGCUUCCUCCUCGCCAUCAGCUUCUUCGGCCUCCUCACCCUGCUCCCCCUCAGAAAGGUACUGGUGAUCGACUACAAGCUAACCUACCCAAGUGGGACUGCCACUGCCGUGCUCAUAAACGGAUUCGACACACCUCAAGGAGAUAAGAAUGCAAGGUUCCUCCAAUUCCCCACCUUCGGGCUCAAAGCCUCGAAGCAAACAUUUUUCUUUGACUUCAGCCUCACGUAUGUCGGCGCCGGGAUGAUCUGCUCGCGCCUGGUCAACCUCUCUCUCCUCUUCGACGCCGUCCUCUCCUGGGGCGUAAUGUGGCCGCUCAUGAGCAAGCAUGAGGGCAAGUGGUACUCAGCCAAGGCCUCUGCCAGCACCAUGACAGGCCUCGACGGCUACAAGGCCUUCCUGUGCAUUGCGCUGCUCAUUGGCGACGGCUUCUACAACUUCCUUAAAGUAAUCCUCGUCACCCUCAAGAGCAUACACGAGAAAUCGCAGCGCGGCUGA